AUGGAGAAUGCCUUUGGAUCGCUUAGCUCUGAGGUGCUCAUUGUUCAGGGUGGCAUCCGCUUUGGGGAAGCCCAAACCCACGUCAAUGGAACCACUGUCUUAGACGACCCGCCGGUCAAACAGAAAAUCAACGGUUUCCAAACGUCCCCCUCACCCACCCGCCCCAUCGUUGUGAUUGCAAUCAGUCGGGUCAGGAAGUGGCCGGCCAAGUUGCUACAGCAACCUGAGCUCUGCCCCGGCCGGCACCCCCUCACAAUGGGCCCUUUCAUUCCGGGAGCCCGCGGACCGGCCGGGCCGGGCCGCAUCACGAGCCUUCAGGGCAAACCAAGCCCAUAUGACACAAAAUCCAAAGGCUCAACAGGCCGGCACGUGGGCUUGAAUUUUGGCCAGGGUGAGACAGGCCAGGUUCGGGCCGCACCAUCCAAGGACUUGGCCCGGGGCCGGCCCGGACCCCCGAUUCCUGGAGCCCUAGGACCCUCGCAGGGAGAACAUGGCUACUCCCUUACAGCUGCCUGGCUUCCAGACUCUGCAAAAAAAAUUCCUCGGAAGGGAUCACUGGCCGGAGCUAUUUUGGAAGAGCUCAAGGAUCUGGCCCUAUUUUGGUCUUUUAUGGGAAUUUCUGAGAUUAUUGGCAGCAAGGGUCACUACCGCUAUCACUGGCAGAGCCACAAUGUCAAGCACAGCGGUGUGGACGACAUGGUCCUCCUGUCCAAAAUCACGGAAGACUCCAUCGUGGAGAACCUGAAGAAGCGAUACAUGGACGAUUACAUUUUUACGUACAUCGGCUCGGUCCUGAUCUCCGUCAACCCUUUCAAGCAGAUGCCGUACUUCGGAGACAAGGAGAUCGAGAUGUACCAAGGAGCCGCUCAGUAUGAAAACCCCCCUCACAUCUAUGCUCUCGCCGACCACAUGUACAGGAAUAUGAUCAUUGACCGGGAAAAUCAGUGCGUCAUCAUCAGCGGGGAGAGCGGGGCGGGGAAGACGGUGGCUGCCAAGUACAUCAUGAGUUACAUCUCCAAAAUAUCCGGCGGAGGCCCCAAGGUGCAGCACGUGAAAGACAUCAUCCUCCAGUCCAACCCACUGCUGGAGGCCUUCGGGAAUGCCAAGACCGUGCGGAACAACAACUCCAGCCGCUUUGGGAAGUAUUUUGAAAUCCAGUUCAGCCCCGGAGGGGAGCCGGACGGCGGAAAGAUCUCCAACUUCCUCCUGGAGAAGUCACGGGUGGUGAUGAGGAACGUCGGGGAGCGGAGCUUCCACAUUUUUUACCAGCUGAUUGAAGGGGCAUCCCCAGAGCAGAAGCACGGCCUGGGCAUCACCGGCAUGGACUACUACUACUACCUGAGCCUCUCGGGGUCCUACAGGGUGGACGACAUUGACGACCGACGUGACUUCCAGGAGACACUGCACGCCAUGAACGUGAUUGGCAUCUUCGCGGAGGAGCAGACACUGGUGCUGCAGAUCGUGGCUGGGGUGCUGCACCUGGGCAACAUCAGCUUCAAGGAAGUCGGGAACUACGCCGCCGUGGAGAGCGAGGAGUUCCUGGCCUUCCCGGCUUUCCUCCUGGGCAUCAACCAGGCCAGGCUGCAGGAGAAGCUGACCAGCCGGCAGAUGGACAGCAAGUGGGGCGGCAAGUCCGAGUCCAUCCACGUGACGCUGAACGUGGAGCAGGCCUGCUAUACCCGCGAUGCCCUGGCCAAGGCCCUGCACGCCCGCGUCUUCGACUUCCUGGUGGACUCCAUCAACAAGGCCAUGGAGAAGGACCACGAAGAGUACAACAUUGGCGUCCUCGACAUCUACGGCUUUGAAAUCUUCCAGAAAAACGGCUUUGAGCAGUUCUGCAUCAACUUCGUGAACGAGAAGCUGCAGCAGAUUUUCAUCGAGCUGACCCUGAAGGCGGAACAGGAGGAGUACGUGCAAGAAGGAAUCCGCUGGACCCCCAUCGAGUACUUCAACAACAAAAUAGUGUGCGACCUCAUAGAGAGCAAAGUCAACCCGCCCGGGAUCCUGAGCAUCCUGGACGACGUCUGCGCCACCAUGCACGCCGUGGGUGAGGGCGCCGACCAGACGCUGCUGCAGAAGCUCCAGAUGCAGAUUGGGACCCACGAGCACUUCAACAGCUGGAACCAGGGUUUCAUUAUCCAUCACUACGCCGGGAAGGUGUCCUACGACAUGGACGGAUUCUGCGAGAGGAACCGCGACGUCCUGUUCAUGGAUCUCAUCGAGCUCAUGCAGAGCAGUGAGCUGCCGUUCAUCAAGUCCCUGUUCCCAGAGAGCCUCCAGGCCGACAAGAAGGGCCGCCCGACCACGGCCGGCAGCAAGAUCAAGAAACAAGCCAACGACUUGGUGGGCACCCUGAUGAAAUGCACUCCGCACUACAUCCGCUGCAUUAAGCCCAACGAAACCAAGAAGCCCCGCGACUGGGAGGAGAGCAGGGUGAAGCACCAGGUGGAGUACCUGGGUCUGAAGGAAAACAUCCGUGUGAGGAGAGCCGGGUACGCCUACCGCCGCGUUUUCCAGAAAUUCCUUCAGAGGUACGCCAUCCUGACCAAGGCCACGUGGCCGGCCUGGAAGGGGGACCAGAAGCAGGGCGUCCUCCACCUGCUGCAGUCCGUCAACAUGGACGCUGACCAGUACCAGCUGGGGAGGAGCAAAGUCUUCAUCAAAGCCCCCGAGUCCCUGUUCCUGCUAGAGGAGAUGAGGGAGCGGAAGUACGACGGCUUCGCUCGGGUGAUCCAGAAGUCUUGGAGGAAGUUUGUGGCCCGAAAGAAAUACGUACAAAUGCGGGAGGAAGCCUCGGACCUGCUGCUGAACAAGAAGGAGCGCAGACGCAACAGCCUCAACCGGAACUUCGUCGGCGACUACAUCGGGCUGGACGAGCGCCCGGAACUGCGCCAGUUCGUGGGCAAGCGGGAGAAGAUCGACUUUGCCGACACGGUCACCAAAUACGAUCGCAGGUUCAAGGGCGUGAAGCGGGACCUGAUCCUGACGCCACGCUGCCUGUACUUGAUCGGUCGGGAGAAAGUGAAGCAGGGCCCCUCCAAGGGCCAGGUGCAGGAAGUGCUGAAGCGUCGGAUGGAGGUGGAGCGGAUCCUGGGCGUAUCGCUCAGCCCGCUGCAGGACGACCUCUUCAUCCUGCACGAGCAGGAGUACGACAGCCUGCUCCAGUCCGUCUUCAAAACGGAGUUCCUCAGCCUCCUGGCCAAGCGCUUCCAGGAGAAGACCCAGAGGCCGCUUCAGCUCACGUUCAGCAACACGCUGGAGCUGAAGCUGAAGAAGGAGAGCUGGGGGCCGUGGAGCGCCGGAGGGUCUCGCCAGGUGCAGUUCCAGCUGGGCCAGGGGGACGUGGCCCUCCUCAAGCCCAGUAACAAGGUGCUGCAGGUCAGCAUCGGGCCCGGCCUGCCCAAGAACACCCGCCCCACGCGGAAGAAUGUGGCCCAGGGCCGGGGCUUUCCCAGUGCGGCCCAGAACCCCGCGUACCCGCUGCGCGCUGCUCCCGCACCUCCAGGUCACGGCCACCACCAGAACGGUGGCAUCAAAGGCCCCGGGUUCGCGCCUCGCCCUCAGGCGCCCGGCACCCAGCGGACCAAUCAGAAGAAUCUCUACACAUCCAUGGCGCGCCCGCCCCUCCCUCGGCAGCUUUCUUCGGGCUCGGACCGUGUCUCCCCGCAGCCCGAGAGCUUGGACUUCCUCAAGGUCCCGGACCAAGGAGCCGCUGGGGCCCGGAGGCAGACGACGAGCCGACCCCCGCCCGCGGGCGGCCGACCCAAGCCUCAGCCCAAGCCCAAGCCGCACGUCCCGCAGUGCCGGGCGCUCUACGCCUACGAUGCCCAGGACACGGACGAGCUCAGCUUCAACGCCAACGAUAUCAUCGAGAUCGUCAAAGAAGACCCGUCCGGCUGGUGGACGGGCCGGCUGCGCAGCAAACAAGGACUCUUCCCCAGCAACUACGUGACCAAGAUCUGAGCGCGGGCGGGGGCCGGCAGACGGAACACCGGACCCGGAACGUCCCUCCCCGUCCCCUCCGUGACGGCACAUUCCCACCGCGGCCUGGGCCUCCCGGGUGGAAGCCAGAGCGGCCCGCACCCCCUGCCCACUUCCCACCCCCUGUCCCCAGUGACAGACAGGGCCAUUGUGGCACCCAGCUGUGGGUAUUUAUUCUAUUUAAGCCUGGGGCGCCCGAGCCGGACAUAGGGCGAACUGACCACGUGCUUGCAGCUGGAGAGUGCUUGGAUUUUCUUCUUUAAGCCUUGGGUGCAGUCUUCCCUUUCCCUCCAAGAGGGGCUGCCCAGCCCAGGGCCGGGGCGGGCCCUCCUCCCCCACUCCUGCGCCCCAGCUUUGGGACGCUUUUCAAAUGUGGCUGGCCCAUGUUGGCAUGGGCUUUCACGCCGGCCCGUGCAGGCUGGACCUCUCUCUCUCUCUCCCCUUCCCUCAAGCCGUCCAUGUACAGGAGCAGAGCAUGGACACCGUGGGGUGGCCCACGCGCCAUGCCAGCGGGAAGGGGGGGGCUCGCCUCAGGCCAUCGGCUGUCUCCGUGCCGCCAACCCCGCGCUGACGGCAGGCUCGCAGCUUGCACACCCUGGAAGGGGCUGGGGCGAUCCUGGUAAGGGACCCCCACCCCACCCCCAAUAAACACAGGAAUCAGGGCACUGCCUCCUUCCUUCUGGGCCAGCCCCCACACAACCCCACUCCCCUGCGGCAGGCCUGUUCAGGCCAGGGGAAAGAGUGGGUGGGUCUCCCCCUCACCUUGGCCCCAAGCACCUGAGCGAUAGACACAGUCUGGUGGUGGGGCUUGACACGACCCACACUGACUCUCUCUCCCCAGCUCAUAGAAAGAGGGUCUGUGGUCUUGGGGGAGGGCAGGAAGGGGUGGGGAAAAUAUGGAGACCCUCCCCACCUCCUUUAGCUGGACCCACCCACUGCAGUCAGAGAAUGG